ACGCGAAGAAGAAGAAGAAGAAGCAGAAGAAGAAGAAGAAGCAGAAGAAGCAGACGAAGAAGAAGAAGAGGAAGCGAGCUGAAAAAAAUACUUUAUCCAGUAGGUGGCGAUAAUGUACCUUAAGUCGGUUUGCCAACCGCCAUUAAAACCAAAAGAAGAAGAAGAAGACAGCUGAUCCUUUAACCCACUUUCGUGUUCGGCUUUUGUUUUCAGUAUUAUAAAGUUAUUAAAAGCAAGACAUGAUGUGAAAACAGAAUUACAGGAGUCCAUAAGGAAGAUAUACGAGAUAAGCAGCCGAGCCGAAACACAUUAUAGUCACACCUUACGCCUGUACACGUGUGUGUGUGAGAGAGCCAGAGAGAUGGAGCAAGCAGUGGUGGAUAGCCCAGUGGUCCUGGUCAUUAAAGCGCCCGAUCAGAAGUACGACGAUCAAACCAUCAGCUGCUUCCUCAACUGGACGGUGGAGAAACUGAAGAGCCAUCUUUCCAACGUUUAUCCCAGCAAACCUCGCUCAAAGGAUCAGAGGUUGGUGUACUCUGGAAAGCUCCUCCAGGAUCACUGUACACUCCGCGACGUGCUCAGAAAGCAGGACGAGUUCCACAUGCUGCAUCUGGUGUGUGCUUCACGCAGUCCCCCUCCCUCACCCAGCACAAGCAGGAGAAACCAGCCACCGAACUCUAACAGCUCCAGAAGUCCUGCCCCUAGAAAUAACGUCCAAUCAGCUUCCUCAGAAGAGGCUCCUGAUAGGCUGAGUCUGAGCUCUAGUUCCAACUACUAUACCCAUCCAUCAUCACACGGGUCUGUGUGGACUCAGUGGCUUAACCAGCAGAGACACAACGCCAACACGCCUCACUACCCCAUGUACAACCCACACACCCUGCUAUGGUGGCAGCAGCUCUACACCUGGCACUGCCACAUGACCUAUCAAACGUGGGUCGCCUCGCUCAGACCCUCUCAGCAAUCAGCCACACCCCCAGUUCCUCCUAUCAGAGAGGCGCAGGCCGUUGCCCAUGACAACCCCCGGAAUGCUCCGGUUGGAGCAGGUCUGAACGAGGAGGAUCUGAACCGUGAUUGGCUGGACUGGGUGUACGCAGUGUCUCGAGCGGUCGUCCUCCUCAGCCUCGUCUAUUUCUAUUCAUCAUUCAGCCGAUUCGUCAUGGUAACAGGAGCCAUGCUGCUGCUCUACCUGCAUCAGGCGGGUUGGUUACCCUUUAACCUGGACAACGAGCUGCAGGACCUCGCCGAACCGGCCAAUCACAAUCAGGAUGAGCCAAACGCAGACAAUCGCAACAACACGGAUCGGCUGACGGAUGAAGACGAGGAUGAGGAGGAGCAGCGAGAGGGACCUGAUGAUGAUUAUGACGACGAUGCUGAUGAUGAUGAUGAUGAUGUUGACGAUGACGACGAUGACGAGGGAUGGGUGAACAUGGGAUUCCUCUCCUCCACUUGGUCUUUCAUCACCACCUUCUUUGCAUCUCUGAUUCCCGAGGCCAUUCCCAAUGCAGUGAACUGACCCUGAGCUCCACCCCUGACCAUAAGCUCCACCCCUGACUGACCAUAAGCUCCACCCCUGACACCAAGAAAUCUCUCCAUCUCUUAAACGGCCCUACCAAAAAAAAAAUGACCAGGAAGAGCAUAUUCGGACACACCUCACCAAAUAUCUGUGAUAGGAAGCAGUGAGUGUGAUAAAUAAACAUCUCUCACACACACACAUACACACACACACACAUGCACAGUAUUUCAUGAACGAAUUAUGAAGACUGAUCCUCAACCUUAUGAGAAGUGGCUCAAACCAUGGACUGGUUAGCUUUUAAAAUAGCAUUUUAUAAUCCUCUUGCGUGUUUCUCUCCUUUUAACACGUCUCUUGUAAUUCAGAAUCGUUCUUCGAGCCUCGGGACGUGGGACGGCGAACAAACCACAGCGUCUGUGCACUUUAUAUUUCUAUUAAAAAAAAAAAAAUCGUGUGUGUCGGUGUGUGUCUUAACGAGAGCUGUCCCACUUCCCGCUGCUUUUAAACACUGAUGAUAACACAAAAUGUCUUUCAGCAUUUAGAUUCAUUUUUAAUCCUUCACCCACUUGUUCGUGUCUCAUCUUGCAUUGUCUUCAUUCACCCAAAGGCUUUUCACACACGCUUUCGAAAACGGCUGCAGAGGAAGUCGAAGCUUUUCUGAAAACCCGACCGUGAAUGUGUCAGCCUUAUUUUAUUUAAUUUUUUUUAAGAAUGAAAGAGAUGUCUGCAGUUCAUUGAAAACUCCACAGCGUAAUUGUGUCUUCUUUUUUUUUUUUUUUAAAGAUGUUUAACGAUUAUGCAUUAAGUGGGAGGGGAAUGAAUAAAUAACUACACAAAGAUUUAACAGAGACGUUAACGUCUUAGCGAGAUGCUAAUUCUUAUCGGAACAUAACCCAAAUUCAAAUUCUAUGAGUACAAGAUUCAUUUGUUGAAAGUCAAAAGGUGAACCACUUUAGAUUUGCAUGUAACGUACAACACACACUCACCGGCCAUUUUAAUAGGAACACCUGUACCCCUGCUCAUUCAUGCAAGCAGGCAGUCAUGCCCCAGCAAAAUCCAAUCAAUUUGUCGACUGUCCAGUUUCCGUGAGCCUUUACCUGUUCUCGGCCGGACCCCGGUGUGGUCGUCUGCUGUUGUAGCCCAUCUGCCUCAAGGUGAUGCUUUUCUGCUCACCACGGUUGUAGAGAGUGCUUAUUUGAAUUACCGCAUCCAUCCCGUCAACUCAAACCAUUCUGCGUGAUUGGAUAAUUGCAUGAAUCAGCAGGUGUAAACUAGUCGGUUAGUAUAAGGAAUAGCUUUACCUUUAGACUAUUUUCAAAUAAUGAAGUGUUUGGGGAUCACAUUCAAACAUCUUAUUACACGUAGAUGGGUCAGUAUUGGUUUAUUCACCCGGGGUAGUGAACCAUGGUCCGUUUAUUUUUGCCGAAGAAUGUGUGUGUGUGUGUUUCUCGCUGUUUCAGACCCUUGCAGUAUUAAAGUCAGUCAAGAUGCUGUAAGUAAAUUUGCAGUAAAAUUUUAGGAAUUUGAGUUGGUUACGAGGCAGUGAAGCGACAAAUCCAAACGAUUGGCCCCUGUGAAUGUCCCACUGUCAGUUCCUAUUCAAUAGAAAACUUAUAACCAAAGUCCCAUCUUUUAUUAUAAUCGGGGAUGCACCGGAUGUUCGGCAACCGAAAGUAUUCGGCCGAAAAUAGCAAAAAAAGCAUUUUCGGUAUUCGGCCGGAUGAGUGAAAAGGCCGAAUAAAUUUGACCGAACAAUGACGUGUUUGAUGACGCGACCAAAUAGCCUAGCAACCAGAGUGAGACGUGCGAAUGUCACGACCUCGAUGAAGGGGCGCGCGCAUGCACGAGCUGUGGACACGUGCGUUUGUUUUGUUUCUGUUCCCGGAGCAUGUUUCUGUCACGUCGCGAGACGUAAGGGAGUAGAGUACGGAAGCAGGUGAAGACGUAUUUAUUUAAGGGCAGGCAGACAAAUCCUAUAUCUACUCUAAUACUCGGCGAGGUGUACAGGGACGCGAGCGGUAUAUAUCCCCAAUAUAAUCAGACGUAUAGAACCCAAUAGAACCAUUUUCUGCACUCUUGUCAAUGCACUUUUUAAUGCAUUUUUGUUGUAGGCUACAGAGUGUUCCAUUCUUUCAGCAGUCAGUUAUAGGCCUAACAUCGACUGUUCAAGGGGGGCUCAAAGAUGACCACAUCAGAAUAUUUUUAUUUUACUCAUUUAUUUAUUUAAAGUUAUAUUGUGCCUUGUUGGUAGCCGAUGCCUGCUGGAAUGAAAAAAAAAUGUUCAGUGUUAAAUAAAUAUUUUGAAAUUGUAGUUUUUGUAAGUGAUUUUUUCUUUGAAAAGCAAGACAAAAUAGUAAAAAGCACGUUUUGACUAUUUAAUGUAUGCAAUGGUGAACAUGAAACACGAAAAAAAAAACGUGUUCGGUAUUCGGCUUUCAGCCGAGUUUUUCUUUAUAUUCGGUUUCGGCUUCGACCAAGAAUUUUCAUUUCGGUGCAUCCCUAAUUAUAAUAGUCAAAAACGUUUAAAGCAGAAUUAACAUGGUGGCAUAUAGUGUAUAAAUUAUGUGGUGAAUUUAGAAUACUUUGAUUUCUUAUCUGAUUUCUGAGCCAUGCGUUAGACAAACUUGGACUAACAUGGGAGCAGCUGGAACGUGCUCGAUCUUCACUUGAGCUCCCAAAACCUUCAGCUUACUAUGUAGGUUUGGUAAUUAAGAAACGAGCAUAACGUGUUCGCAGUGUGAUAAGUCUCUGUGAUUGUACACCUGUAGCAUGGAAAUGGCUUUUCAGUUCAAACUGGAAUGGAGUGUGUGCAUGUGUAGUGGUGUAAACUCCAAACCUUUUAUUCUCAAGUACUUCAGUGUUUGUUUGAUUGAAUUUCUGAAUUGGUGCAGAAAGACGGCAGUGUAGGGCGCUCGGUGGCUUAGUGGAUAGCACGUUCGCCUCACACCUCCAGGGUUGGGGGUUUGAGUCCCACUGUAGCCCUGUGUGUGUGGAGUUCACAUGUUCUCCCCGUGCUGCGGGGGUUUCCUCCGGGUACUCCGGUUUCCUCCCCCAGUCCAAAGACAUGCAUGGUAGGCUGAUUGGCCGUGAAAAGGAUAAGCGGUAUAGAAGAUGGAUGGAUGGAGACGGCAGUGCUGUUAACGUCAGCCAGGCAUUUGGCAGCUGAGCGGGAAUCGGAGCCUCCAGUGGGCACCCUUUGAAGGUUAGAAACACUUCUACUGAACUUUUUACAACAUGUGCCCUGUGCCCGCUUGUCUGUCAGGACUGGAACCUGAUGUGGCCACCUUCUGUUAUAGCCUGUGUUGUGUGUUUUGGGAUGCUUUUCUGCUCGGCUGUAAAGAUUGCCUAUUUAAGUUACCAUAGACUUCGUGUCAAGUCGAAGCAGUCUGGCAGUUUUCCUCUGACCUCACUCAUGUCAUUCAGUCACCAAGCAAAUUACAAUAUCUACUGUUAGAGUUCUACAAAAGGUAUGGUUUAAAAAAAUACUUCAUUCAGACACGUAUUUCACGACCGUCAUUAUCUUUUUAACAAGACGAUGUUGUCCUGUCUGAAAUGAUCUCCUAGUUUGGGCUAGAAAUUAAUGAAACAAUGUAAACAGUGUGAUUGUUGCGGCCAAAAAUGCUUGUUUUUCCUGUGGCUUUUUAAAAAAAAUUUGCACAAUUGUUUGUGCUUUUUUUUUUUUUUUGCGGGAAAACCACAUGAAUUGGCUAAAUAGUUUUGCACUGUCUUUCGCAGUGAUGUGUGUUGGUAAACGAGACCUUUUUAGCUGUACUCGUGUUCGCCGCGCGUGAAUCGAAGAGGUGAUGACGUCACAUGACGCGUCUCUACGGAAAAUCUGCGGUAAUUUGAAAGUUCAUUUUGCAGAGUCUCCUUGAUUUUGCGUUCAUUUCUGAGAUCCUGGAGGGACUGUUUUGCCUAAAAGGUCGGAAUAUUCCAGGAUACGUGACACGCACAAAGAGAUGGGUGAAACUCAUUUGGGGAUUUCUAGCCAACAGUUUUGCACAACUGUAUGAAACUUUAUAUACUCAAAGCCAUAAUCCUCAGAAUUUGAGGAUAAUGACUGUGUACAUGCACAUCAAUAUUCAGAUAUUAAUCGUAAUUUGACAAUAUUAGUAUCGAGUCCUGUGAACGCCGCGAUCCGAUUACCCGAUUCAGAUAAGACAGUAUUCCGUUUCCCGCCCGUUUUAAUCGGAAAUUCCUCGCAUGUAAACACCUUAUUGAGAAAAUCCACUGAAAGGAGAUAUAUGCGCAUGCUCAAUCUGCAAGGAAUUGUGGGUGCUAGCAGAUGCUUAGCUGUAGACUAGGUAUUCAGGAACGGCAACUCAGGCGUACUUACAACAACCCCGUAUACAGGUAUAUUCAGAUGCCUGUACGCAUAUAACCAUCGUAUUCGGAAUACGGCUUCAACCCGAAUAUAGACCUUAAACAGAAUUUGACGCGCAUGUAAACGUAGCCAGCGUCAUUAUGUUCUCAGUAUAAACCAAAAGCAUUCGGUUUAAAUAGAAACCAGAUGUCAGCGCCUAAACCACUCGGGAGUGACCGUGCACAAGCUACACAUUCGAGACUGGAUUUGCACAUCUGGACUUAACUCAUAAUCAUAAAUGUAUU